AUUAUAAAAUGUAUAUUCUAGUUAUUAUACUAUUGUUUCUUAAUUUGUAUCAUGUUAGAACUUGGAAUGUAUACGGAUAUAUGGAAUCACAGAUACCAGAACAAAUACAUAUUGCUUUAGGAGAGCAACCAUCCACCAUAAGUAUCACUUGGGUUACACAAGAAAAUACAGAGAGUUCAACUGUACUCUAUGGCACUAUGCUGUUAAAUAUGAAAAGUACUGGCUACGUUAAAGAGUUUAUUGAUGGAGGACGUGAACAACGCAAAAUGUAUAUACAUCAAGUGAUCUUAUCCGAUUUAAUUGGUAAUACAACUUAUUGUAAGUUUGAAAAAUCCUUCUGUAAAUAUAAAGGAUUAUUUUCUUUACUGAUAUCCACAGUUCCUUAAUAUGAUAACCUUUCUGAAUAUAUAUCUCUUUGUUAGGAAUGAAUCAUACCUAACAGCAUUAAUUCAUAGCUUCCCUGAAAAAUGCUAAGUCGUCGGUUUCUCGAGACUACAACAGUGAGUUUAGACAAAUCAUAAAUUAGUCGAAUUUAAUCUCCUAAAAUAAGUAAUUCUGUCCUAAGCUCUAGCAGGAUUAUUGUGAUCUCAAUCCUGGGUAAAAGAAGAAGGUUAGGCCUGGAGUAAGCGACCCCAAACAGUAAUAAAAGCCUUUCUAAAUAAACGUUUACUAGUAUGAAACCAAUGAAAGUUCAAAUUGAAUGCCACUUUUUAUUUAGUAUGACUGUGAUUUAGAGGUCUCAGAUAAUAGUUAGCAUGAAACUUUGGUUUCUGAUUUAUUGCUUAUCGCCUUGAAACACUUAAAACUAAUGUCAAGAGCAUACUCUAUAGUUUGGCUGACAAUGCACGACUACUACACAUUUAGGAAUGGUUGACGUUUGCUAGUUAAUAUGCAAAAUCUAUGAGAAUUUAUUAGCUGAUAGACAACAAAUUAGUAACAUCCUUGAAAGAGUCGAUACUAUUCUGAGCGUAAAAUUUCCUAUCAGCAAAGGAGAUUAGUUGUACUAGAUGAAUUUUAUCGUAAUUAAUAAAGUUUCUGCAUAGGCUACCUUUCUACUAGCACACAAGUAUAAACAAUGAAAUAAUCGAUAUUAAUUCAUUUCAAAUGACUUAGUAAUUAAAUGAGGACUAAAAUGAUUUGUCAGUUUAAGUAGCAAUGUCAGAUGUCAAACUCAGAUAGUCUUUGGGCUUAUCAUAUAUAUUUUGCUUUGCAGAUUAUAAAUGUGGUAGUUUAGAUGGUUGGUCAGAUGUUUUGAAAUUUCGUGCUCUCCCAUCUCAUCCUUAUUGGUCACCUAGAAUAGCAGUUUAUGGAGAUAUGGGGGCAACUGAUGCACUUUCACUACCCGAAUUGAUUCAUCAAGUCAAAGAUUUAAAUAGUUAUGAUGUGGUAUUACAUGUUGGUGAUUUUGCCUACAAUAUGGAUUCAGAUAAUGCGAGAGUUGGUGAUCAAUUCAUGCGUAAUAUACAACCAAUUGCAUCAAAAGUUCCUUAUAUGACAUGUGUUGGUAACCAUGAAGCUGCUUACAAUUUCUCAAAUUACAAAGCAAGAUUCACAAUGCCUGGAGGUGAUGGUGAAUCACAAUUUUAUAGUUUUAACAUUGGACCUGCUCAUAUUGUGGCAUUUUCUAGUGAAUUAUAUUACUUUUUAUUUUAUGGAUGGAAAACAUUAGUGAUGCAAUAUGAUUGGUUGAUUAAAGAUUUACAAGAAGCGAAUAAACCAGAAAAUCGAAAAAAUCAUCCAUGGAUUAUUGUAAUAGGUCAUAGACCAAUGUAUUGUUCAAAUAAUUUUGAUCCAAUGCAUUGUGAUUUUGAAAACAAUAUUGUACGCACCGGAUUCGACAUAUCACCUGACCAUCAUAAAACUGUAUAUCUUAUGGGAUUGGAAAGCUUAUUUUAUCAGUAUGGUGUGGAUUUAAUCAUUGCUGGUCAUGAACACUCAUAUGAGAGAUUUUGGCCAGUUUACAACAGAACCGUUUGUAAUUCUACAACAAGUCAAAAUCCAUACAAUAAUCCAAACGCUCCAAUACAUAUUGUUAGUGGAGCUGCUGGAUCAAAUGAAGGUAAAGAUACAUUUAUAUAUGGUGGAAAACCUUGGUCAGCAUUUCGUUCAACUGAUUUUGGAUUUACUAAAAUGACGAUACAUAACGUUACUCACUUAGAAAUUGAACAAAUUUCAGUGGAAAAUGAAAGAAAAGGUCAAGUGAUUGAUUCCUUUACAAUCAUCAAGGAUAAACAUGGAGCAGGUUUAUAUACUUGUCAUAAUAAAGAUUCAUUUGAUUACUACAAUAAUAUAGAUGUUUAAUUGUUGUUGUUAUAUGAUCCUCAACAAUCAAUAUAUUAUUUUCCUCCUUCAAACCCUGUGAUUAUUACUUUUGAGCAAAAUAUACAUUUUUUUC